AUGUCCGAUUUGAACUUAAAUGCAUUAUUCGAAGAAUGGUUAGAGACGAAAACCAAUGAGUUGAUCAAAAAGGGAUCCAAACUCUCCCAUACCUAUGGUAAGGCUUUGCAAAAGAUAAGAUCCCAUCAAGAGCCGAUUGUCACGUCUAAACAACUUCGAAGUAUUCAGUUCGUAGGAGAAAAGAUUUUUCUGCUUCUAUGUUCAAUGCUAAAGAAGUAUUGCAUCGAAAACGAUCUUUCGAUUCCUCUGGGGUUCUCCAAUCACAUCAUUGCAGGCGAAGGUGGAAAGAGAAAUCAAGAGCUUGAUGACGAUAAUCAGAAGAAGAAGCGAAGAGUGACAAACUGGGUACCAAAAACGAAGAUCUGGAUCGUGGGCAAUUUCUGGUAUCUUUACAUAUCAAUGACAGAAUCUGGAAAAGGCUUAAGCAAAGAUGAUAUCAUAUCUGGAUGCAGGCAUAUACUGUGA